AUGACGCCCCCACAGACGUGGCCACCACCCCCGCCCCUCCGCACGCUCGACGACAUCCUCGCCUCGGCCGCCACGCACCCAGUGUACGCGCCGCUCCUGGCCCCCACCCCCGCCGAGCAGCACACCACCCUCGGAGCCUUCCCCCUCCUCACAAAGUCCCACCUCAUCGCCACCGUCCCGGAGCUGCUCGUCCCGCCGUGCCUGACAUCAACGUACCUCUCCCCGACAGGCGGCACACGUACUGGUCCCCGGCCGCUCUUCGUGCCGACCGACACGAGCGAUAACCGGAUCCAGCGAUACCUGUACGCGCAGCUCCUGCGCGCCACGGGCACGCUCGGCCCCGAGUCGGUCGUGCUCAACCUCCAUGGCGGGAUGCCCAUGUACCGCAGUGGCGACCUCACGUCCUCCAUGAUCGACUAUGCGGGCGGGACGGAGCUCGCGUGCGGCGUGCACGCCAGCAUGGCGCAGGCGAUGGAGUAUGCGGGCCAGUUUGGCGCCAACACCGUCUCCGCGGCGGACAGCAAGCUCGUCCAGCUCGCCACCUGGGCCGACGAGCACCCCGACCAGGCGCACAACUUCCACACGGCGCUGUUCACGUCCGAGCCGCUGUCCCGCAAGCAAGAGGCCUUCGUGCGCCGCGCGCUGGGCGUGCGCGCCAUCGGCAGCGUGUACGGCAGCGCCGAGUGCGGGCCAGUGGCGGUUGCGCCACCGACAACGGCGGCAGGCGAGGAGACGCGCACGUUCGUCGUCGACCGGCGGAUGUUUGUCGUCGAGGUCGUUUCCGACGGCAGCAAGGUGCUCGCGUCGAGUCUUGAUUCGGACCCGGCUCCACACCCAGUUGGCGAGGUCGUGCUCACGUCGCUCGUGAGGCACCGUAACCCGAUCGUGCGGUACCGAACUGGCGACUACGGGGUCAUCCGGGCGCAUGCCAGCAGCCCCGAGUUGGUAUACGUCGAGCUGCACGGCCGCGACAAGGAGCUCAGCUUCAGCCUCGCGACAGACUACAUUGACGUCAGCAAGAUCGAGGCCAUCAUGGCGCGGUACGCCGUCAUCCAGUGGCAGGUGGUCCUGAGCGCAGGGGAGAGCGUCGAGUUCCGCGCCGUGUUUGACAGCGAUGGCGGGCGACACAACGUGCAGGAGCGCGCCGACGCCGUGAGGAGCGAGAUCCGCACGCAUAUCCUCGGCGACGAUAUCCCCGUUGCUGUGAAUGCGGUGGGGUACGACGAGCUAGAAAAGGGCAGCAUGGCGCGCAAGCUGCGCAAGGUGGUGGAUAACCGGUAG